GGGUUGGGGGGCUCAUAGCCUCAUAUAUAUCAUAAGUAACGCUCGAAGAAAAUGGCAAGAUUUCUCAUCGUGCUCGUACUAAUCCUUUGGUUCUGCUUUUCAUCAAUUGUUAAAGUUGAAGCACAAUCUCAAUCUGCCCGUCUUGCUCCCAGAGAAGUGGAAGCACUUAAAGAAAUACGUACACAACUGGGGAAGAAAGACUGGAACUUCAGCAUAGAUCCAUGCAGCAAUAGCACAAAUUGGGCUACCCCAAAAUCUGCUGAUUUCAUACAACAACACUCUCAUUUGCAACUGUUCCUACCCUGCUGAUGGUUUUUGCCAUGUUGUCAGCCUUUUUCUCAAAGGACAAGAUCUUGCUGGUGUACUUCCACCAUCCAUUGCGAAGUUACCCUACCUAACAAAAGUUGAUUUCACAAAGAACUACCUAAGCGGUACUAUACCACGUGAAUGGGCUUCGACAAAGUUGGAAUUUCUGUCCAUUACUGUGAACAACUUAACGGGACAGAUCCCUGACUACUUGGGAAACAUUACCACCCUAAUUUAUAUGAGCCUAGAAAAUAACAAGUUUUCUGGAUCUGUUCCUCCUGAACUUGGGAAAUUGGUUAACUUGAACAAUCUCAUUCUGAAUGCAAACAAUCUCACGGGAGAGCUACCGCAGCAUCUCACUAAUCUGACCAAGUUAACAGAACUUAGGAUUAGCAUUAACAACUUCACUGGAAAAAUACCUGAUUUUUUUCAAAGUUGGAAGAACCUUAAUAUGUUAGAGAUCCAAGCUAGUGGCUUCCAAGGUCCAAUUCCGCCUAGCAUUUCUGUCUUGAGUAGUUUAACAGAACUAAGAAUCAGUGACAUUAAAAAUGACGGGGACUCAGAAUUUCCAAACUUGAAGAGCAUGCCAAAGAUGCUUAAUUUAAUGCUGAGGAGCUGUAAUUUAUCUGGACACAUCCCCGAUUACAUACAAAACUUAACAAACUUGAAAACAUUAGAUCUCAGCUUCAACAGAUUGGAAGGUAGUGUUCCUGAUAUGUCAGCCGCACGCUUGGAGUGGUUAUAUCUCACAAGCAACUUGCUCACUGGGCCUAUUCCAGGCUGGAUCAACAAGACGGAUAUUAAAACCCAGAUAGACCUUUCUUACAACAAUUUUUCUGAGAACUCUGAGCCAACUACUUGUAGAGAACAAUUGAACUUGUUCAAAAGCUUUUCUGCACGAAACAACUCAUUAUUUGGAGGGUGCCUAGAAAGUUUUCCAUGUCCAAAAGAGCGGUACUCUUUACAUAUAAACUGUGGAGGAAAGGCAACCACCAUUGGAGGAAUUGACUUCGAAGCGGAUACAUAUCCAGGUGGGGCAGCAAAGUUCAUUCCUGUAAGAGCUUUAUGGGGAAUAAGUACCACUGGACAUUUCUGGGAUUCUAAGCCCACCUUUAAUGACUACAUAGCUAAUAAUGUGUCCAUACAAAGGAACGACUCGGAGUUGUACAUGAGUGCGCGUCUAUCUCCUCUUUCUCUCACGUAUUAUGUACGCUGCUUAAGAAAUGAAAAGUAUACCGUGAAACUUCACUUUUCGGAGAUAAUAAUCAGAGGCAAUAAAUCGUUUUACAGUCUUGGAAGACGGAUAUUUGAUGUCUAUAUUCAGGAGGAACUGGUGUGGGAGGAUUUUGAGAUCGAAAAGGAAGCACAUGGGGUUGACAGGGCAAUCAUUAAGGAACGUAAAGCAGUUCAAGUUAAUGAUACAACUUUAGAGAUCCGAUUUCAUUGGUCAGGGAAAGGGACAACAACUUCCCCACACAGAGGAGUAUACGGUCCUCUUAUAUCAGCUAUCUCGGUAGACCCUGAGUAUAAGACUCCUCACGAUAGCAAAAGCAAGGUACUAAUCACGGUCGGAACUUCAGUUGGAGCUUCGGUUGUGUGCCUUUUCUUGACUUUAGGCAUUCUCUGGUGGAGAGGCUGUCUAGAAAGCAAAACAUCAAGGGAAAAAGCUUUAAGAGGACUGGAUCUGCAAACUGGUUUUUUCACCUUCAGGCAAAUUAAAGCUGCUACUAACAACUUUGAUCCUGAAAACAAAAUUGGGGAAGGUGGUUUUGGGUCUGUCUACAAGGGUAUAUUGUUGGAUGGUACUAUAAUCGCGGUUAAGCAACUAUCAUCAAAAUCAAAGCAAGGAAACCGGGAAUUUGUGAAUGAAAUAGGCAUGGUAUCUGCUUUGCAUCAUCCAAAUCUUGUUAGAUUGUAUGGGUGUUGUAUUGAAUCAAACCAAUUAUUGUUGGUAUAUGAAUACAUGGAGAAUAAUAGCCUUGCACAUACUUUGUUCGGUCCAGAGGAAGGUCCAUUAAAGCUGGACUGGUCUACAAGGCUGAAAAUAUGCAUUAUAGCAAGAGGUCUGGCUUUUUUGCAUGAAGAGUCGCCACUGAAGGUUGUACAUAGAGACAUUAAAGCUACAAAUAUAUUGCUAGACCAAGACCUCAAUGCAAAGAUCUCUGACUUCGGUUUGGCCAAACUUGACGAAGAGGAGAACACUCACAUUAGCACCAGAGUUGCUGGAACCAUAGGAUACAUGGCUCCAGAAUAUGCACUAUGGGGUUAUUUAACAUAUAAAGCAGAUGUCUACAGUUUUGGUGUCGUUGCAUUGGAAAUUGUUGCUGGAAAGAACAAUAUGAAAUAUCGACCAAAUGAGAACUUCGUAUGCCUUGUGGAUUGGGCUCUUGUUUUACAACAAAAGGGGAACUUAAUAGAGCUAGUGGAUCCAAGGUUGGGGUCCGAUUUUGAAGUGGAAGAGGCAAUUACAAUGGUCAAGGUAGCGCUCUUAUGCAUCAAUCCAGCACCAGCUCUCAGGCCGACCAUGUCUGCAGUAGUGAGCAUGCUUGAAGGACGGACACUUGUUCGUGAAUCAGUCAUGAACCCAAAUAUUUACGGCGAUGAACUGAAGUUAGCAUCCUUGAGAAACCCGUUUGAUCUGACUGCACCGGGGGGUACAAGUGGAACUCAGAGCCUUGUUGGUUCAUCAGAUGCAACGUGUAUUAAUUCUUCUGCUACCACGUCCUCAGAUCUCUAUAAAAUUGGUCCUAGUAGUAGUACAUCUACUUAGUAAUUAACGUAAACCUUGUUAUGCGUUCAAGUAUGCAAAUUCUCGUGUACUGAUAAGUAGUACGUUCACUUUCCAAUAUCAAAGCUUCAGCUUCGUACUUUUGAUUACAACUUUGGGUGCAAGAAUAAACGCUUUUAAUCAAUUGAGCCAACU